AUGGAUCUAGUUUUCGUUCGCGUUGUCCUCUGCCUUUGGCUACUGUUCUUGCCAACCUGCAAGGGGGCAUGGUCGCUGUGGGUAAAGUCAUCGUCCCGUUCUGACCCCGUAAAGGAGGGUGGCGCGGCUGCCACGUCUGUGUCAGGACAUUCGGACGAUCGCGUGCAAAUCCCAGAUUUGUUUACUUUGCGGCAAAAAAAGGAUGCCGGUCAAGACCGCCAAGCAGCGCACUUGCUAAAUGAAUUGGAAAAAAAAGGCCGCAUAAGUUCCUGUUGGAAGAGAGCUGUGGAUGCACUGAAAGAGGGCUGCUCGUCGCUUCACUCAGACGACGGGGCACGUAGUCGUUUGGCGCUGACGAUGGCCUCGUGCGAUGGUGAGGCCGACGGAGGACGCCGUGCAUGGUCUUAUUGCGCAUUCGAUACAGACGUGAGGAAGUGUGUCGAUCACCUGGAUGAUGCGCAAUACCUCAUGUACGUCCAAUACCGGUUGCACGCAGAUGUGCUUUGCCUGUACAUUCAGGAGGAGGCAUUUCAGGAACGCACGGAGAUGGCUGUGCAGGCUCUUUAUGCUAGUGCACUGGCAGCCUCGGAGACUCUACAGGCUUUACGGAGUUCCAGCAGUGAGCUACAUUCAUCAGUGAGGAAGACGGUGGAACAACAGGCCUCUAACCUUGUCGAAACGAGUAAACUGAAUGACCAAUUGCGGGAUCUUCGCAGUGGUCAAAGCCUGGCGUUUGAGUCUUUGAGAAGCAGCACAGAAGGCAUGGCGCGCUCUUUGACGGAUGCGCGCCUGAGUCUGAAUGAACUGCAUAUGGCGCUGUAUGAGAGCACUGCUCAAGCUGCCGCGGCUGUGAGGGAAGUUGCACGGGAGGCGACGGCGUUUCAGAAGCGAACCGAGGACCAUGCAAACACUAUGGUACGUGUACUGGAAAGAAUUGAGGUCUUCCAGCAGGGAAUACUGGAAAAAACGAUAGGUCUUAGUGAGAUGAUACGGGCCGCUGUCAUUUUGGUAAUACUCCUGUUGCUGACCAUCCCUACUCGUACAGCCGCUGCAAGGCGACCGUGCAUUGGUGUUGUGGCAUUGGCAUAUGCGCUCCGUCCGUUGUUUCUCCCAUAUCCACGGAGUGGGCUGGGGAACAAUUUCUUUUUUGCUACAGUGAUCCUUAUAUCUGGGAUAAUACUUGUCUUCUUUGCCUAUACACACCGUUCUCCGGAAUACACAUUGCGUAUUAUGCUGCGGAGCGAGCUGCGUCAUGUGGUGGAAUACGCACGCCCCCUUUUUCUUGAGAGCGUUCGGCAGGUGGUGAUUGAAGGGGUGACUUUUGUGUUGCACUCUCUGGAAUAUGAGAAGGAGGCGGUGCAGCCACGCACACCCAAAGAGACGGCGCUGCUCCUCGCUUCAGAGGAAGCCAGGGCUGAAGAAACGUGUACCCCUUCGACUGUGGCAAAACCUCAAAGAAAAGCAACUCACCGUCGAACUCUUUCUCGUCUUCGUUGA